UCUUAAGAAAACGAAAACUAAAUAAGGUUAUCAGCUAAGAUCGAUAGAGCUAAGAAAAAAUAAGUACGUAGUAUAUGUAAUGGCUUCUCUUAAGUUGUGCAUUACUCUCUUUCUCCUCGCGACUGCAGUUUCUGCUGCUUGUGCUGCUAGGAGUAUGCCAGCGGCCACCGACAAUGAGAGUGGCUUCAACGACCAGAAGCACUUCGUCUCCUCUAGCGGAAUUGGUGGCAUGCAUGGAAUCGGGACAGCCGGUCUGCCCUACGGGGGCGUUGCCAGCGGCGUGGGUGCCGGUGGUGAUUUUGGAGGCGGCGGCCUUGGCGGAGGCCUUGGUGGUGGCUCCGAGCAUGGCGGAGGCCUUGGUGGUGAAUCCGGGCAUGGCGAAGGCCUUGGUGGUGGCUUCGGGCAUGGCGGAGGCCUUGGUGGUGGCUUCGAGCAUGGCGGAGGCCUUGGUGGUGGCUCCGGGCAUGGUGGAGGAAUUGGUGGUGGCUCCGGGCUUGGUGGUGGCUCCGGGCUCGGUGGAGGAAUUGGUGGUGGCUCCGGGCUUGGUGGAGGCCUUGGUGGUGGCUCCGGGCUUGGUGGAGGCCUUGGUGGUGGCUCCGGGCUUGGUGAUGGCCUUGGUGGUGGCUCCGGGCUAGGUGGAGGCCUUGGUGAUGGCUCCGGGAUUGGUGGAGGCCUUGGUGGUGGCUCCGGUCUUGGUGCUGGUUCCGGGCUUGGUGGAGAAAGUAGCUUGCCAACUCUGGGUGGAACUAGCGGAGGUCUUGGUGGCGGCGCUCUUGGUGGCGGCGUCGUUGGUGAAGCUGAUGACCUUUCACUUCCGUGAAGAACCCGUGACUUAAAUUAGUGCUCUAAUUAAAUUAAUUAGUUGAUUAAUUUAAGGAAAAGGGGCAAAUAAGUUCACCUACUAACAAAAAAAAUCAAAUAAGCCCUUAUAUAGGAGACUCAGUCCGACCCUCGUUAUUUGGUGCAGUUGGUGGUGGAUUUUUUUGAAGAACUUUUUGAGAAUCUUAUUCAUUAAGUCUAGUUUACUCAUACGAAAUAUCAGCUGACAAUUAAAUUGGGAAGACAUUUAAAUAAAUUCUUGAAGAUAACUGCGCUUUUGACUACGCAGUUAUAUCUUCAAGAAUUCAUUUGGAUUCUUUCUGAUUGAAGUUUUAGCUGAAAUUUGGUAUGAGUAAACUAGACUUAACGAAUAAUAUACUCAAAAAAUUGCAUCAAAAAUUUUCACCGGGAACCGCCCCAAAUGACGACGGCCGAACAUAUCCUCCUAUAUAAGGGUUUGUUUGACCUUUUUUUAAUACGUGAGCUUAUUUACCUCUUUUUCCUUAAUUUUAUUUGGCCGCGUGGACUGUCGUGAGUGUGCAUGUUUAUUACUCUUUAGUCUUUACCACUUUUCACCCCAGCAUGGUACGGGAAUGUUGUAAUCUAUCGUUUUAUACGGUAAACCUCAGUUAUGAAUUGUCUAUUUGUCAUUCUCUCAUUGGCUAAUAAUGAAAUUUUUUCACUUUUGAUCUUGUUA